AUGCCAGCCGCUUCCAAGCGCCCUGCAGCCAUUGUGCAUGACCCCACACAGGUGAAGAAGAAGCCGGCAGCGAUGCCGAGCGUGAAUGAAACCCUGCACAAGCUCAAGAGCGCCACGGCUUCUCCCCAGGAUGAGGACGAUGACAUUGAAGCAGGCGCAAUGGUUUUGGCCAAGCGCGACAAAGGGAAAGGUGAAAAUUUUGCGCGGAUGCGCGCAGCUGGGCAGAUCCCCCAGCAUUUUCUCCACCGAAACGACGAGACCGCGAAGUCGAGUCCUUCUCCCAGAGAUUUUCGCACCAACGUCAUCAACCAGUUGUUCAACAAGUCUGACAGUGGAGUAUUCACGAUGAACACUGGGGCCAAGCUCUUCACGGAGGCGUACAAAGUCUAUCAACAGAAGUACGCCAGGGACGAGCAAGAGCCGAUGUCCCGCUCGGUCUUCAACAAUGCACUUGCAGACGGUGACGUGGUUGAGUUUGAAGGCAACGAUGGCAGCAAGUACUACAAGCACAGGAAGAUGCUUGUGGGAACUGAGCGUGGGUCUCCCUUCGAGCAUGGCGGCAAAGACCAGGUGAAAACGGGCGCCAAGGAGUUUGGCGCCUUGAAGGAUCUGAUGGCGUCUUUGGAUUGGACCUUUGAUCACACCGAGAAGGACAUCAAGGACUCAUUGGCAUACAUUAGGUCGUUUCCCAGCAACCCCAUUGAUGGUUUCAGCAUAGUGCCCAUACGGGCGUCCUGCUUUGUAGAGCUGUCGCCCGUGUAUUCAGAACGGAUGCCAGAUCAAGCAAAGCGAGAGCUCUCAGGCGAGCUUUCUGAAGCCUCCGUAGCCGUGAUCGCAGGACUCAGCAAGUCCCCAACUUACGCCUGUCGGCGUAUCUUUAUGAGCGCAAUCGCCCUGCUGAUUGACUCUGUCAAGGCUGUUGCUUCUUCUGUGCGAGUCAUCGCAGACACUCUCGAGACUGCCGUCAACCGGGCCUCUGCUGUUCCUUUUGCAGCGCUCUCAGAAGAGGAGAUACAAGAGUGGGACUUGGAACUCCUUCAGGACGAAGCCUCUUCCUCUACCCGGACCAGGACAAUGACUUCUAUGACCUUAGGACCCUUAGGACCCUUAGGAGAGAUCAAGAGCCUCGACCAGGGCAUCGCAGCAGUCUAUGUCAUGAGGUUGGACUUCACGACAGGGGGCGGCGAGACUGGUUCUCCGGAGGCCUUCAUUUUCCCAGUUUUGAAGAGGAAGAAUGGAAUUUUGCGCGUAGUGCCAUUGGACUUCAUUCCCGACGAGUCCCUAGAUGGCGGCAAUUUUUCGGCGAUGGAGGACCUCAUUGGUCCAUCCAGCAGUGAUAGAGGAGAUGGAUGGGACAGAGCUUGCCCUGGACUUCGAGACUCUGUUGGUGGAUUUCUUCAGAGUCAAUCCAGGAGUCAAGCUCAGGUCACAGAUAUUCUUGCCCAGCAGUCUCUAGCACUUACCAACCUGGUGGCCCACUUGGCUUCGCAAGAUGGCUAUCCCGAUUUGGGUACGUCUACCAGCUCUUCCCUAUCUAUGAGGGGCACUGUGAAGCGAGAGAAACUCAUGAACGACCUGGCUUCCAGGAAGGGCGACUUCUUCCUCAAGGUGAAUCAAAAUGCCUUCAGACGCCUGCGGCCUACCGAGGCUGUUCCAACCUCGUUGCAUGCUUUCCUCAAGAAGGGAGUCUUCACGAAGUACCUCGACAGGCAGGGAGGCUAUGUCGGGCAUCGAGAUCAGGGCCUGAUCAUGUGGCUCCUAGCAUUUGUAGCAGAUCAGAUGAUGGCCGAGGACUAUGUGGGAGCCCCCGAGCACCUGGCCUUGGCCAUGGUUGCUAUCGAGCAGGCAGUUCAGGAUGGCAUGAAGUGGGAUGUGGCAUGGCUCCUUUCCCUUCAGGAGGAUCCUCCUCCGAGCCUGGGCCUGUUCGCCUCAAGGCCGACAUCUACAAAUCCGAGGCUCCGAGCAUUCGCACCUCUCUGCCCACAGGAGUGGGCAACAGGUGAUGUCAAGGAGGUCGACCUUAUCAGUUCUCGCCGGCAGGAGUCUCUUCAUCCCAAGGGUCAAGGCAAUCAACAAGGGCCUCCGAACGAAGAAGACGGAGGACAAGGAUGCCUGGAAGAAGAAGCCUCGAUUCCCAAAGAAGCCCAAGCAAGGGCCGAAGAGACCACCAGUUGA